AUGACCUUAGUGAUACAUGUGAAUGGAUUUUGUGCCUUGAGGUACCAGAAGAGAAAGUUCAUUCCGGUUUUGAAAAUCAGUGCCCGUAAUGCCUCCACUAAAUUCCUGCACUCCGACCCAGAGUACGGUUUUCCUUGUCAUAGUACCCAUAAUACCGAUCCUCUUGGUAACUCACUCAACCUUAGUCCUCCUGGUCACUCACAACCACAGUCCCCUGGUCACUCACAGCCACAGCCUGGUCAGUCCCAACCACAGUCCCCUGGUCCUCCCAGCCACAGUCCCACUGGUCACUCCCAGCCACAGUCCCCUGUGCCACAGUCCUUGGUCACUCACAGCCACAGCCCUGGUCAGUCACAACCACAGUCCCCUGGUCACUCACAGCUAGCCCCUGGUCACUCACGCCACAGUCCCCUGGUCACUCACAGCCACAGUCCCUGGUCACUCACAGCCACAGCCCCUGGUCAGUCUACAACCACAGUCCCUGGUCACUCCCACAGCCCCCUGGUCACUCACAACCACAGUCCCCUGGUCUGCUCACGCCACAGUCCCAUGGUCACUCCACAGCCACAGUCCUGGUCACUCACACCACAGUCCCCUGGUCAAUCACAUCCUCAGUCCCCUGGUCCUCCCAGCCACUGUCCCCUUGUCCUCACUCCAGCAGUCCCACUGGUUCCUCACAACCUCGUCCCCUCAUUCCUCCCAACCACGUCCCCUGGUCACUCCCUCAACCUCAGGUCCCCUGGUCCUCCUCCUGGUCCAGUCCCUUAUUCCCCCACCAAGGUCUCUUGA